AUGGCUUCACAUCUCGCUAGCAUCUUCGGCACAGAGCAAGACCGCGUCAACUGCUCCUUCUACCUCAAAAUCGGCGCCUGUCGACACGGCGACCGCUGUUCGCGCAAACACAUCAAGCCCCAAUUCUCGCAGACGAUCCUUCUGCCGAACGUCUACAACAACCCCGCGCACACGCCCGAGGGGGCCAAGAUGGGCCAGGCGGAAUUGCAGAGGAACUUUGAUGCGUUUUAUGAGGACUUUUGGGUCGAGUUGUGCAAGUAUGGGAAUCUGGUGGAAUUGCAUGUAUGCGACAACGUAGGAGAUCACCUCAUGGGCAACGUCUACGCGCGCUACGAAUGGGAAGCGGAAGCUGGACGGGCAACGAACGAGCUGAAUGACCGGUGGUAUGCUAUGCGACCGCUGCAUUGUGAACUCAGCCCGGUAUCGGAUUUCAAGGAGGCUUGUUGUCGCCAGAACGAGCUGGGCACGUGUACACGUGAAGGAUUCUGCAACUUUAUGCACCUGUGCCAUCCGACCAAAUCACUCGUCACCUCCCUUCAAUCAAGUCAACGCAUGUCGCGUCGGAAAGCAGCAGCCGCGGGGCUGGAAGAUAAAGACGCUGGAGGGCAUAUGGGGUGGACACCGGGCGCGGCCAAGGCGAGGCAAGGGGGCGGAAGGAGGGAUUGA